GAUCUAAUCGCCCCCACGCAGAGAAGCACGGUGAUCUUAUUAUUAAUAUAAGUAUAUAUAUAUUUGAAGUUCCCUUUUUUAGAGCUAUUUCUCCUGUUUUGCUGUAUCUUGGCGUGACUGGCACAAUCUACUGGAGGAAAAGCUUUUUGACGCCUUUAACUUUGUCGCUUCCUUCGAAGGUUGCAACCAUGUAUGGAGGAAUGUACGGUGGAGGCCUCGGUAUGGGCGGCAUGGGGGGCAUGGGUGGCAUGUACGGAGGCGGUUUAGGGAUGGGCGGCUUGGGCAGCGGCAUGUACGGUGGUGGUUAUGGGAUGGGCAGCAGUAUGUACGGCGGCGGCCUCGGCAUGGGAGGUGGCAUGUACGGCGGGUCUGGGCUUACCGGUGGUUCGUCUUACGGGAUGAAUGGCGGACUGAGCGGCUUUGGCCGCAACAACCAACUCGGCUCGAGCAACGGCAUGGGCAUGGGCAACGGACUCAACAACGACGGCAUGCAGGGCAACGGCAUGCAAUCCCCCCUCAAUCUCCCACCUACGGACCAGUCGAACCAGCUAGCGUCCCCCAUCAACCAAAACUCGUCACCGCUGCCCCCUCUGAACGAGUCGCCAGAGGAGCGCAGUCGCCGUAUCCAGGCGGAGCACAAGAAGGAGCGACAGCUGAUACGGCAGCAGCGUGAGCAGCACCGCCAGGCCCGUCUGCAGGCACGCAUGGAAAUCGCGGGCCACUUCACCAACAUUCUCGUGCAGGGUCUCCGCUCCGCCAUGGAGCUCUUCGGUGUGUGCUUUGGCACGUACUAUAGCAUGAAGGCCGUGCGGGCGUUCUCGAGCGUGCAGCCGAACAUGGGCAUGAUGCCGAACCAGCGCUUUGCCGGCAACCUCGCCCAGCAACAGCAGCAGGCAGCCGCAACGGCGGCAGCGACGAAGACACAACAGGCCGCCGCCAACGCGGGCACCGCCGGCCCCAGCAGGUGGCGGACGUGGCUGCUGUGCAUCGCCCUCUUCAUCCUGGGCGAGGUGGCAUACAGCAUCGCGACACGCCAGCGCGCCAAGCCGCCGCAGCGCCGUCGCCGCAUCACCGGCCCGACGGAGGACGCCUACGGCAACGUGAUCAGCCCCGACGAGUACGAGGUGAGCAUCCGCAGCACCGACGACGAGUCCGACCUCACCGAGAACGAGCGGGAGGAGGAGUCCAUGUCGGAUGCCUGGGGACAGGCCUACAACUCGAACGGGGUGUACGGCGGUCCGCAGGGCAUUCGCCCCGGCGCAGGCAAUGGCGUACGUCGCGUGUACUGCGCGCUGUACGACUACCAGGCCCCGCAGGCUGACGGCUCGUGCCUGAGCUUCAAGGCGGGCGACGAGUUCAUUGUGGAGGACUACGUGGAGGGGAGCUGGUGUGAGGCGAUGGCAGUUGCUGGUGGCAACUACUCAUCUCACGGCCGUCGUGGUCUCGUGCCCAGCAACUUCCUUCGCCUUGCUGAGCGCGCCACGAAGCUGUAA